AGAAUCCAUUCCAGAAAGAAACUCCUCAGCUCCAAAUCAUGAAGCAAUUGCCAGAUUAAACCGAGGCAUUGGUGAAUUAAGGACUGUACAUCUUGUUAAAGAGCCUGAGGAAGGGCUAGGCAUGUCAAUAACAGGAGGCAAAGAACAUGGUGUACCUAUUCUUAUAUCUGAAAUUCAUGAAGGUCAGCCAGCUGAUAGAUGUAAUGGUCUUUAUAUUGGUGAUGCAAUACUUUCAGUUAAUGGAAUUGAUCUUAGACAAGCUAAACAUGCUGAAGCUGUUGAUAUAUUAUCUAGACAGACUGGUGAGAUAAUACUUGAAGUGCAGUUUGUAGCUCCAGAAACAGACAGUGAUGAUGAAGAUGAAGAAGAGGAAUAUAUUGAUGAAGCAACUGGUGUUAGGUAUCAUGUAUAUCGAGGUGAUGACCAAGAACAAGAAGAAGAAGCUAUGAGUGAAACAAGUGGAGACAUCAAUAAUCAACACUUUAAUGGUAAUGUAGCAUCUACUCCACCAUUACAUGAUGGAAAAGCUUUGGUACAGCAUGAUGUCCCAUCUACACUCAAUGUUAAGCCAGUACUUGAGAAACAUCCAAAUAGUAUGAGCACACAGACUCCUGCCGAAACAUGUGAACCAUUGUCUGUUGGACAGUUAGCUACAAAUGCUUUACAACUGAAUCCUGAAUCUACUGAAAGCGGUAAAGAACUAUUCACAGGACAAUGAUCAAAGUCCUUGAUUUAUGGUUUUAUUAUUAUUUAAUGGUGAUUAUAAAUUCAUUGUGUUCUGGUCUGAUACUUAACAUUUGUGAUAACUAUCAUUAUGCAUGUAUCUGCUGUAUUGGUGCAUCAGUCCAGUUCACCACUCUCUAAUCAUGUCUUCUAGUACAUUUAUGUAUUUUGUUUCCUGUUACAUGUGCAUGUUAUUGGGUGUGCAUCAUUAUUACAUGUAAUGCCAAAAACUGUAUUUUUGCUUGUGACAUGCUUAUACAAUGUUUAAUUGAUUUUUACAUUCUUAGACACCAUCCAAUUUAUUUCCAUUCUAACUUAGUUAUUUUCAUUCUUUGGCUCAAUGACAGUAUGCGUGGUUCAUACACAUAUAGUGACUUGUCAUAGAUACAUGUACUUCCCAUGGCUCAUGUACUUUCAAGUCAAUACUGCAGGCAUGAACUUCACAUUUUUUUUAUGUUAGUACUAAGUGGUAGUAAUGAUGUUGCAGACAAAAACACUCAUGCUAUUUACAGUUAUAAUAUCAAAUAGUUGUAUUUUAAUCAUUCAAUUCAAAUAUUCAGGUUCCUUUUUGCAUUGCUUUGAUGUGAAUUGCAACAUAGGAUUGUUGUCACAACAGACAAUGUUGUAUACCUUUAGCUUUCUGUAAUUAUUCCACCUGUACUUUGCAUUGGUCAAAUGUCACCAAUUAUUUUAUAUACUAUAAUUUAUCAGAAAUUUAAUAUAUCAAAACUGUAUAUUUUGUUAAUAGUGUCUGGACAUAGCUUUAGGACUAGAAAACUCCAGUAUACAGAACCGGCAUGUUAGCAGGCAAUGGUCAUCUGGGAAUCGGCAAACUAUAAUUGUAUUUUUAAAGUAAUAUAUGAUACGCUUUUCUUACUUAUUGCAUGAGACAUAUUUAUGGUUAUUUUUUUUAUUCCUUAACAGUCGUCAUAAAAAGUACAUUUAUAAUUUCCAACUUAUUUUGACAGUUUAUCAUUUGUUUGCUUCUUCUUUGAUACAUGCCCUAAACACCAAGCUUACCCUUCUUUCUGAUUAAUGAUGUGUAUAUCAUUCCAUAUACUUGUACACAUAAUUAUUGCACAUGAUUAUUAAUAUAAUUACCGGUAUAAAAAAAAUGGAAAUUUUUUUUUCUAGAAAUGUUUUGAACAUAUAUUUUGUUUUUAUUGAGGGUAAGCUAUUCUGUAUGCAUCUAAGCUAUGUGUUGGCUAAUUUAUGACAUAUUAGAAUUCAGUAUUGACAUUGAAAAAGUACAUCGUGAACAAGGCCAUAUUUGCUGCUUAAAAACUAAGUGCAAUAGCAUAUAACCUUGUACAUUACAACUAUUGAACUUGAAAGGAGGUUGAUAUUCUGCUGAGAUCUUGAAUUUGCAAAGCAUAAUUUUAAGUGUAUGUUUCUAUUCCACCAUGAUUCUUUUAUUUUUGGGUGUGUUGGAUUUUGUGUGCAUGUAUAUGUAUGCAUGCAUGU